AUGUGGUUUUUCGGUGUCGUUCUGGGAGUUCUCCCUUUGCUCCUGACUUGUAGCCAUGCCGAAACGCACACCUUCGACUGGAAUGUUACUUGGGUGACAGCUAAUCCCGAUGGUCUUGCGGACCGUCAGGUUGUUGGCAUCAACGGCCAAUGGCCUCUUCCCGUUGUCAAUGUGAACAAAGGAGAUCGAAUCGUGGUCAAUAUGUACAAUGGACUCGGGGAUAAGAGCACAUCAAUCCAUUGGCACGGCAUGUAUCAGAACGGCACCAGCGAGAUGGACGGGCCUUCAAUGGUGACUCAAUGUCCUGUGAUGCCCGGCUCUAGCAUGACGUACAACUUUACAGUGAAUCAAAACGGCACUUAUUGGUAUCAUUGCCAUACUGACGCCUGCUAUCCGGAUGGAUAUCGAGCGGCCCUCGUCGUACACGAUACGGAAUCAUAUUUUUAUGAUGCUUACGAUGAAGAGCUGGUCUUCACCAUGAGUGACUGGUAUCACGAGUUGACAAUGGAUCUCAAGAGCUCAUUUUUCUCGCUGUACAACCCUACUGGAGCUGAACCAAUCCCACAAUCAUUUCUUUUCAACGAGUCUAUUAGUCAGAGUUACCCAGUGCAAGCCGGGAAGACUUAUUUAAUUCGCCUCAUCAAUACAGCAGCAUUCGUUGGUCAGUACUUCUGGAUUGAAGACCAUACAAUGCGCAUUGUCGAAAUCGAUGGCAUCUAUGUCGACGAGACAGAGGCAGAUUCCCUGUAUCUGUCUGUCGCCCAACGCUACUCGGUCCUAGUAACCAUGAAGAACUCGACCGACAGAAAUUACGGCAUGGUGAUGGUGGCUGACUCGUCUCUACUCGAUACUAUACCAAGCGAUCUUUUACUCAACCAGACGAACUGGCUUGAAUACAACGCCAGCGCUCCACACGAUGAAGUCAACAUAACAGUAUCCGACUCGACUGAAAUCUAUCCAUUUGAUGAUAUUCAACUUGUGCCAUAUGAUCGUGUACCGCUGUACGAAAAUCCAACCAAGACAAUCGAGGUUACUGUGGUAAUGGAGAAUUUGGAUAAUGGCAAGCCGUAUGCGCUCCUCAACAAUAUCAGUUAUGUCGCACCGAAAGUCCCAACUCUGUACACCGUGAAAUCAGCAGGCGACUUGGCAACAGACGCAGCGGUUUAUGGAGAUUACACGCAUAGUAUCGUGCUAGACAAGUUCGACGUUGUGGAGAUCGUUCUCAGCAAUCAAGACACUGGCACUCAUCCAUUCCAUCUCCACGGCAAUGACUUUCAGAUGGUGGAACGAUACCCACCAUAUGGCGAAAAUUUCUAUGAUUAUUCUGAUGGCACUGAUUUUGCCACUUAUAACGCAUCAAAUGCUACCUUUCCGACGUAUCCUCCACGACGGGACACCUUCGUACUGCCUCCAGGUGGUUACUACGUGAUUCGAUUCGUGGCUGAUAACCCGGGUGUCUGGUUCUUUCACUGUCAUAUUGACUGGCAUCUGAUGCAAGGACUGGCCAUGACUUUUGUUACGGAGCCGCUUGAGAUUCAACAACAGAUUGAUAUUCCCGACAACCACAUAGACAUUUGCAAGGCCGGCGGCGUUGCCUAUGAAGGUAACGCGGCAGCCAACACAAAGGAUUAUCUAGAUCUGAAGGGUCAAAACACACCACCGGGCUUCAUUCCGCCCGGGUUCACCGCGCGUGGCAUUGUGGCUCUCGUGUUUUCGUGUGUUUCUGCCGUCCUAGGCAUGGUUUUCCUCUCGAUGUAUGGCGUCUCGGACCUCAAGUUCACCAUGACAGAAUCGGGCUUGGAUGGAAGUGAGGAAACCCCAGAAUAUCGCGACUAG